UAAUUCAGAGAACAAAAGAGAGAACUACUUACCUGAAAUCUCGUUUUAUUCUUCUCUUCCUCACUGCUCCUUAAUUCUUCUUUUUCAUGUCCUGGAGUGAAAUCAAAGGACCGUGAAGCUUCUUAGCUCCUUUCGAAAUCCGUGAAGGAGACUCAUUGAGCCUAGGGUUUGGGCCUCUUAACUCAUAUCUGAAGCUUCAAUUCACGCUUUUGAGAGAUACAAAGCUUUAUCGCCUCGGGACAAUGAAGCAAAAGAUGCGUAUCAAAAAAAUGCGUAUCAAAUUGUCAGUGAACAGUGACAAAUGCAGGAAGAAAGCAAUGCAAGUAGCAGUGCUUGCAAGUGGUGUAACCUCAGUGGCUUUGGAAGGAGAAUUUGGGGACGAGCUUGUCGUCAUUGGAGACGGAGUUGAUGCAGCUUGUUUGGUUCUUGCGUUGAGGAAAAAAGGAUGCUGUGCCACAUUAGAGACUCUACAAGAAGUCAAGCCGGAGAAGAAGCCACAGGUCGAUGACAAGUCUGUUACACCGCAUUGCUGCAUAGCUCAAUGUUCUGUCGUUAAUAACGAGCAGCCUAGGCCUGAGAUAUAUAGAAUAGUGCACGACUCUUAUGGUCCAACCACUGGUUGCAGAAUCAUGUAAAAGAAGACUAAAGAUGUAGAUUCCAAAUCCAUUCAAAAGUUUGAUAUCUUUUA